CAACGCAAAGCCGCUGCGCUGGCUGGUUGUCGCCGAUGAUGGUGGUGCACCGACUGACUUGGUUGGUUGAAUUCUCUCAGCAGCAGCAGGAGUAGAGCAACCAACAACAGCGCGCCAAGCUCCGGCAGGCAGGCAGGGCCCAAGUUGGCCAAUUUCUCGCAGUUUGAUUUUUCCUCUACGAUCGGCUAGUCGCGCUUGCUUGGUUGUUGGUUGUCGUCGUCGUCGUCGUCGCCGCCGCAUGUUAACUAGUCGACAGCGUCGUGGCGCGCGCGUUGGCGUGUUGUCGUCAUCCGAUGUGCGGGAGCAGCGUGCUGUUUAUGUUUGGACGAUUAAAUAUUUUGGAGCGUCUUGAUUUGUCGUCUUCGUAGUUUCCGGACCGUGUCCCGCCCGCUCGGGACCAGGUGCACCCGGUGGAACGCUGAGAACUGUUAUUUCUGCAUUCGUUUGCUUGUUUAUCCAGUUAGGCUAGGCUGCGGGGGUCGAGUGCCGGUGUAAAUUGUGACAAAGGGUGAUUUUUUUCGUGGAAAAUUGGCUCAAGUGGAACGCAGUGAUUUCAGUGGAAAAUUGAGGAUAUUUCCAGGAUACAGUCUUAGUGAAGAUAUUUGAUUGCGUUAUAACUACGCAAAAAGCUGUACGAAUUGCGGUGUAAUGAUAUGGGCAAACACAUGGCUUAAUGAUGAAUAAUUAGUUGUUGAAGUGCGAAGUGAACUUUGGUAUUCGGUAAUACUACUUUGAGAAAUGUCGUUUUGGUGAUGUAUGAAUUAGCACCAAGUGUAAGCCGCAAUGGAAUCGAAGAAGAGUGAUGAUCAGCGUACGAGUGUUUAGCACCUGCGAAGUAAAUAGUUUCAAGGACUGUCCUGUUUAGUUGAUUCAGGUGUGAUUGAUGUUGUGGAAUUUAAAAAUUGUUCAUGGGACAACGAAGCAGAAGAUUUCCGCAGCAACAGCAGCCAAGUGAGCGCCCCCGACUCGGACCCGUUCCGCGACUUUGGCGCUCAGCAAUCUCGGUCGGUGAUGAUGGUUUGAUCUUUAAGGUAACGUGGAGGAUGCGGAUUUCUGGUGAACCAGUUUGAAAGUUUUGCAUACCGAACCGAACCGAAACCGAACCGAACCGGCCGCCAAGAUGCCGGAGUUUGAUGAUACGUUCCUGUUCGAGUGUGCCAAAUUCGAGAAGAAAAAGUGGAAAUCCUACAACAUUAGCCUUCGGCCGAGCAGCAUAGUGCUGAAGAGUGUGGCAAGUUUUAGUCCUAGUGUGAAUAAUAAUAAUAAUAAUAAUACAAACACCACCAACAACAACAAUUACCGAGGCAGUAAAUUUCUGGUGGAUGAUGGCGAUGUCGGUGGGGUGAUUGUGGGUGGCCUGGAGAAACCAAUCAGCAGUGAUCAGAACAACGGGGGAGGCGGAGGGCAUCCGGAGGUGGUCCUGAGGAAACGUGACCAUUCGGCGGCGUCCAAACAGCACCAGUACCACCGGAAUGCGACCGUCAAUUACCUGUAUUCUAGUGUGAGUCCGAUCCGUGAGAAAAUUCUCGGCUACCAGUUCAAGCGACACUCGUACAGCCCAGGGCUGUUUGCGGCAACUGCGGUGCCAUCCUUUGGAGAAUAUUGCGAUAACGGAACAAUCGGCCAAAGUGCGAACAACAUUUCUGCGUCGGCCGGAACGACCCCUCGGAACAGUGGAAGCAGCACCGCUAGCAGCAAUUGUGCUACCAACUCGCAGCAGCAGCAGAAUUCAAUUGCCAACGCCAGUCCGGUGUCCACGCAAACCGCAUCGACACCUGCUGUGACCGAGAACGGUGACGGCGGCAAAACCGUAACGCCCGGUGCCCCCGGGUCUUCCGGACACAAGGGCAGCAUUCGCGGUAACAAGCUGGCACGGCGGGCGCGUUCGUUCAAGGACGACUUCCUGGAGAAGAUCAGUCAGAUACGGACGCCCACCAACACGAUGACGAGAUCCCACUCGCCCAACAGCCCCCGCAGUGGAAGCGGAAAUCGGAGCAGCGCCAAGUCCGGCCAUGGGGACGACCUGCUCGGGAGCAGUACCAAGCCGGUACAGGAUCUGGCCUACCACGUGAGACAGGUGAAGAACGCCCUGACGCACUUCAAGGAUGUGAUACUGAAGAACAAGCUGGAGAUGCUGCCCGGCAAUGGGACGGUGGUGCUGGAGCUGAUUGCCAACGUGCAUACGGCCCUACAAUCCUACACGCUGAACGAAAACAGCACCGUGCUGAUAAACGCCACCAACCACGUCUACAUGUCCCUGGGGAACCUGCUGAAACUCUGUGAUGAAGUGCUGCUGACGGCCGACAACGAGAACUGUCCCUCGCUGAGCAAAGAGAAUGUCAAGGAGAUCGUCGAGCUGAUGGACAAAGCCGUCAACAAUCUGGUCAAUCUGGCUAAUGAGAAAAUCUCCGAAAAAGCUGCCGGCGGUAGCAACUCUUCCAACACGCUGCAACGGCCGGCCGUGGACAUCGCCAGCCAGCGAACUUCCCUGCCGGAUAUUCCGCUCACGCCCCGAGAGCGUGACAUCCUCGAGCAAACCUCGAUGAAAACGGUUCGCGCCUCGCACAGUACCGAAAGCAUCCUUCGCGAUUCUAGUCCCCCUCCAAAACCGCCGCUUCCGGACCGUGGCCAAGACCCGCCUCCAUUACCCCCGAAACGAAAAAGCCAACACUCGAAGAACCACUCGUUUCACGAAACGUCCGACUGCAAUUCGGAUUCCACCUUUCUGGGGUGUGGCGCCCUGGAUCGAAUGUCCCUGCGGUCACGCUCCCCGGAGGAUAACUCUAGUCUGCUGAGUGCCAGCGCUGGUUCGCUGGACUCGGCCUUGAACCACUCCCGCGAGGAGGAAGAACUUCGGGCGCUCACCCAGGACAAAUCGUCCCUGUUGGCGGGCAGCCAAAUUGGCAGCGUCGCCAUCAGUUCCGGUGUGUGGGACGAAUCCGACUGCCCCGGAAUGUUGCUGCAAAGCGGCGGUGGUCCCAUCCUCACCGACAGUUCCAUGAUAGACCGGUUGAUGAACAACCGCAACUCCAACGAGUCCGGCUUCGAAUCGAUGUACUCGCUCCGGAUCAGCCGGGAUCACCAGCAAUCCUCCAGCACCUCUUUCAAGUCGGCUGCUUUCGCCUCGAACAAUUCCCAGAUUCAUCACAUCCAUCAGCAGCAACAACAUCACCAACAGCAGCAGCAGCAGCACCAGAAGAUUGACACCUUCGUGACGCAGGCCAGCGGCGACAGUGCCGGCGAGGUGGUGUCCACGACCACUACCACGGAAGUGACCACCAGCAGUAGUCGGAUCCAAUCGGCUAGUCUUUCCAAAACCAUUCAGUACGGUAGCAUCGAAGCCAACGAUGAGGUAUUCGGUGGAAGCGGCGAAAUCGGCGGCGGCAGUGAUAAACCGCCGGCCCUACCGAUCAAAACCCGCCAGCACAGUAUUAGACGGGAGCGACAUCCCUCGCAGUACGACAACGUGGACGACGCGGAACUGGAGCGAAGCUCGCACGAUACGUUCAACUCGUCUUCGCUACACCAGAUCGGGGGUAGUUUCCACCACACCAGCAGUAGCAGCAGCAGCAGCCGGGCGCAGAUGAUCGGCAACCUACCGAGUAAGCACAUCAGCUUGAUCGAACCGCGCCAUAUGAAUCAUUUCAGCGAGGAACCACCGCCCCUGCCCAUGAAGAAGAAGCACAUGUUUCAAAGUGUGGCCUAUUCAGUUAUGGCGUACAUGGAGAUAUUCGGCAGUGCGACGCAUAACCAGGAGUUCAUGCGACACUCGAUGCACACGUACAACCUGUCGCAUCACUCUGGUGGCGGCGGCGAGGGCCACCACAGCCAUCAGAGUUUGCAGCUUCAGCAGCAACAGCAUCACCAGUACCAUCAUCAGUCGUCCGCCGUGUCGAUGACCAGCGGGACCAGCAGUCACAGUCUCAGUCAUAGUCAAACCAUGAGUCUCUCUCCGUCGCGGAACGCGGCCCCUCCCAUAUCGCCGCCGAGCUCUCCCGGCCUCAACGUGAAACCGCCGGCUCUGCCCCCGAAACGGCAGCGCAUCAACAGCAAGACCCCGAGCAUCACCUCAACGCCGCCAGCUAGUCCCAAGGUAUUCGGCGGAAGCACCGACCCGCCCCACCACCAGCCAUCGUCUCCCUCGCCAUCGUCCCACUCGCAGCACCUGAACAGCUGUUCCUCACCCUCGCCAUCGUCGUCCUCGGUCGGUACCCUGCUACCGACGCCCCCGCCAAAGAACCACUCGCUGACGCUGAUAUCCGGCGGCGCCGCAGCCGAAUCAACGCCCGUGGCCGCCAAAAUAAAGGUAUCGCCCGUGUCCGGGGACGAUCCUCACGGGCCAUCUAACCGUAGCACUACUCCCACUUCUACCACCACCCCUACCCACCCGAAUUCCCCCCUGAAUGCUUCCUCGACGAACCCAACCCAGCAGUAUAACAACAACAACCAUUUCCAUAACAGUAACAGUAGUAACAGCCAUAAUAGCAAGUUAGCUAGCAAUAACAUUGGAUGCGGAGGAGGUAAGCCACCAACGGUCGCAUCCGACGAGGAUUACCUGCACCUGUGCGACACGACUACGACGUCGACGGGCAGCGCCGCGAAUCUCAGUAGCUCUAGUAAUAGUAGUAAUCUAGUCAACAACAACAACAGCAAUAAUAACAGCAGCCCUUCGGAUGUUUCCCGCGCGAGGAAGAAGGACGGCGGCCCAGAAGCCGAUGACGACGAGGAGGUCGAAGUGGUUCUGCGGCGCAAUAACAAGAACGGUAUCACUGUGAUCGAGCAGCAGUCGUCGCUCAACCUGAUGGAAGAGCUGGACGUCAGCAACUAUCUGGUCUUCAAGAAGGAGAACGAAGACGGCCCGGACGUAAAGGGUGGCCAUCCGGACGCACUGAUCAUCCACGCCACCAAAGUGCAGAAGAUUUCCGACGUCACUGAUGAGUUCUUAGAGGACGCCUACGGUGAAGCUUUCAUCACGACUUUCCGCACGUUCAUCUCGCCGCUGGAAUUGAUCCAAAAGCUGACCUACCGGUACUCGCUGUUCCACUGUCACAUGACCGACGGCAAACAGAAAGCUGCUAAGGAAUCCUUCUCGCUGCUGGUUCGCGUAGUGAACGAUCUGACGUGUCCGGAUCUGUCCCGCCGUCUGCUGGAGAUCCUGAUGACCUUCGUGUACCAACUAGUCUGCGCCGGUCACCUCACGAUGGCCAAACUGCUCCGCGUGAAGCUGAUCGAGAAGGUUUCCCUGUACAAGCAAAAGCUACCGCGGGAACCGAACCAGGCUCCGCCCUCGUCGCGAUCAGUAAUGACAUCACCGCCCACCCUGUUGGAUCUCAAAUCCGCCGAAAUCGCCGAACAGAUGACCCUGCUCGAUGCGGAGCUGUUCCACAAGAUCGAAAUCCCCGAGGUGCUCAUCUGGGCCCAGGAGCAGAACGAGGAACGAUCGCCCAACCUGACCACGUUCACCGAACACUUCAACAAGAUGUCCUAUUGGGCACGAUCGCAAAUCCUGCGACAGGAGGACGCCAAAGAUCGCGAGAAGCACGUGAUCAAGUUCAUCAAGAUCAUGAAGCAUCUGCGGAAGAUCAACAACUACAACUCGUACUUGGCGCUGCUGUCGGCGCUGGAUUCCGCUCCGAUCAGGCGAUUGGAAUGGCAUCGGACGAUCACGGAGGGUCUGAAGGAGUACUGCGCUCUCAUCGACUCCAGUUCCAGUUUUCGAGCGUACCGUCAGGCUUUGGCUGAAACCAAUCCGCCUUGUAUACCGUACAUCGGUCUGGUGCUACAGGAUCUAACCUUCGUGCACAUCGGCAAUCCGGAUCUGCUUCAGGACGGAUCGAUCAACUUUUCUAAACGAUGGCAACAGUACCACAUAGUGGUCAACAUGAAGCGCUUCAAGAAGGGAUCGUACCAGUUCAAGAAGAACGAGAAGAUCAUCGGCUUCUUCGACAAUUUCGAGAACUACCUGGACGAGGACGCCAUGUGGCAGAUAUCGGAGAGCAUCAAGCCGCGGGGCGGACGGAAACCGAACGUCAACAGCAAUUAGUACAAGUUGAACUGUCUCAAAGGCAGCGACGAACACGAACAGGUGAUGAUGGCUGAGCACCAACGGCAACAGCAACAACGGGAAGAGUCGACUGAGGUCCAGCUCCGGCGGAGGGACCGAUGAAGUGCGUACCGCCAGCCGGAACCAACCGAAACGGAACGAGGGAACCAUGUUUACGAGAAAGGAGAGAGGAGGUAAUCACACUUUAAUGCCAAAUAUGUCGUUGUUUUUUUCGAGUGAUGUUACUUUUCUCUCUGUCCUGGGAGCAAACUUCGAGGACGUGUAUUGGGAAAAGUAUUGUUAUUUUAGCUUUUUAUGAACCCAAAUUUGGUUUUAGGACAAUAUUAGUGUAUUGAGAUUAAAUUUACCCUGCAGUCGUCGUGUUUUUCUGUACGACUGUUGCCGGGGGAGAGCGCAAGCAAAUCGAGUGAAAUUGUGAAUUAUAUAUUUUUUUAUUUAUAUCGUACCAUUGAACCUUAGUGCAUUAGGGUGUGGCUUAUUAUUCAAAAGUUGUUGAAUGUCAUUAUUAUUGACUAUUUAUUAUGGGGAAUUCCACCCGAAGCUAGUAUAUCCCGUCAGUUGUUGAAAUAGACGAGUGCACCAAUGAACUGAAUUCAUCGCGGUCCGAGAAUUUUGACACUAGAGCGGGGUCGCUUCCAAUCAGAAGUGAAUGAUUUCCAAUCAGAAUUGAACAAUUCUGAUUGGGAACGACCCCGCUGUAGUGUCAAAAUUCUCGGACCGCGAUGAAUUCAGUUCAUCGGUGCACUCGUCUAUAAGAAAUAAAAACAAAAUUUACUAGGUCCAAAUGAACAUAAUAAAACCGAUCAUUAGUCCGAGAAAUUUGUCAGCUCCUCAAGACAACACUCAUGGGUGGAUCAACUAUGAGCGCUUGCACGCUGACGUCAUCACUAUCUCCUUCUCUUUCUUUCCUUCGGCGUCGGUCCAUAAAGCCGUCCUUGCCCUCAAAAAAAAUUUGAGGGCAAUGUUUACAAAUCGUAUGAGAAUUCGAUGAGGUUAUGUUUUUGAUGCAAGCCUCUAUCAGUUUCAAAGACAUCUGGAGUUGCACUGAACUGAGCGAAAUAGGUAUCGCAGCGAAAUCUUAGUGCAGUGAAGUAAGGAUCAGAAAAAAUAUUCAUCGAGGUUCCUCCAAACAGUGAACUCAAAUGAUCGUUUCGAUCCUAUUUGCAGGUUUUCAAUGUUGUGUUGCCUUAAUUUAGCAUAAUUUUGAACUUUAACAUCACCUCGAGAAGUUUUCCAUUCAUUAAGAAUCAGGACAAACACACACGACGUUCGAAAAGUAAGCCACAUCCUUCUAGGUAUCCACAACCACACCCAAGUAUCAAUAUGAAGCAUUUUCUUAGGUAAUAACAAAAUUUUGUAAAUAGCGACCAGGCAAACAAGCAAACCAACUAGGUGUUGUUAUGUGGUAGUAGUGAGAUAAAGCAAAAAAAAAAAGAAACACAUGAAGCAAAAUAUCAAACUCAAUAGUACUCACUUCUAGCGAACGAAAAUGGAACUAGUGAUAUGUACAUCCAAUACAACAACAUACACACAAACACGCAUACCGUACACAAACCUAACGCCAACAACAACCAAAAACAUGAAUCUGAAUAAAUUUCCUUUUUUCUGAAUCAUA